GAAUGCAGUUAUUCCAAGGACCCUGACAUUUUCUCUCAAGAACGUCCUCCCACCAAUAACGAGUACAUAUACUUUUUAAGACCAAUCUUUGCUUGGUCUCGACUCCAGAGAGAGAGUGAGAGAGAUGGAGGCACAGCAUCGGAGAGGAGAGACUCCACAGGCUCGGCCGGCGCAAGGGGGCGGUGGAGGAGAUUUCACGGCCAUUUUUACAGUGCUAGUGUCCUUUAUUGCCAUAUUCUCUAUGACAGUGAUCCCUUCCGCAUCCGGCUUUAAAAAUAGCUUAUCAAUUGUACACCAAGUUCCAGAAGGUCAUGUUGGGGUUUACUGGAGGGGAGGUGCCCUUCUGAAAGGAAUUACAGAUCCAGGUUUUCAUCUAAAACUGCCUUUGAUAACUCACUUUGAGACCAUUCAAGUAACCCUUCAAACAGAUCUUGUGAGGCAUAUUCCAUGCGGUACAAAGGGGGGAGUUAUGAUCAAUUUUGAGAAAAUAGAGGUUGUAAACCGCCUUCACAAGGACUUUGUGUAUGAGACCCUCCGUGAGUAUGGUGUACAGUAUGAUAACACAUGGAUAUAUGACAAGAUUCAUCAUGAGAUAAAUCAGUUCUGCAGUGUUCACUCCCUUCAGCAAGUUUACAUUGAUAUGUUUGAUCAGAUUGAUGAAAAAAUGAAAGAUGCCCUUCAGGCUGAUUGCACACGAUAUGCCCCAGGUAUUGAAAUUAUCAGCGUUCGUGUCACGAAGCCUACCAUCCCUGAAAGUAUAAGACGAAAUUUUGAACAGAUGGAAGAGGAACGCACCAAGGUUUUGAUUUCUAUGGAGAGGCAGAGAGUAGCUGAGAAAGAGGCGGAGACAGAGAAAAAGAUUGCCAUAAGUGAAGCUGAGAAGAAUGCACAUGUUAGCAAGAUCCAGAUGGAACAAAAGUUGAUGGAGAAGGAUAGUUCCAGGAAGCAAGAGGAGAUUUCAAAUGAAAUGUACAGGGCUCGGGAGAAGAGCUUAGCUGAUGCCAGUUUUUAUCAAGCAAUGAAAGAAGCAGAAGCAAACAAGCUGAAGCUUUCUCCUCAAUAUUUGGAGCUGAAAUUCAUCGAAGCAAUUGCUAACAACUCAAAAAUAUUCUUCGGGGACAAGGUACCCAAUAUGGUUUUCGAUCAGAGGCUGCUAGGAAGCUUUUUAGAAGAUGUAGCCAGAAAGGGAAACUGGGAAGCUUAAAAACUUCCCAGAUCGUGUCAUGAUACUAUCGAUAUAAUCCCCCAGGUAUGUAGCAGUUCUAAACCGGGAGAAUGGAAAGAAAACUUUGUCUUGGCCCACUCUUUUCUAGUGGCUACCUGUUGAUUUCUUUAGCUUCUUGCAGUUUAAACCAAUGCUGUUAGAGAAGAAGUGGUUAGUGGAUGCAUCCUUUUUGAGGACGGAUGCAUCCUUUUUGAGGACUUUGCUGUGACGACAAUGUUCAAAUUGUAUGUUCUGAUGCAGCCUUUGUUCAGAAUGAGCAAUGCAAAGUAAUCUUAUGAUCAUGAA